AUUGAAUUGAUUCUUAAAAGAAGUGACUGACACUUCAAUCCACCCGUCCAACUUUAAAAUCUAGAUUUAGUCUUUUUAAAGUGCGGUAAAAUUUUUGCAUUUUAAGUUUCUUCGCUACAAUUAAAUAUUAGAAUUGGAUUUCUGAUCGAAAGACAUUCUUACUAACUACUACAAUGUCUAGCACGGAGUUUACUGUCGGUUUGGAAGGAGGCCGAAACUCUUCUAAAGUUUUGAAGCCACCUGGCGGAGGAAGCAGUGAUAUUUUUGGUGUUGGCUCUUCGGGAUCUGGAGUUGUGAGGGAGCAAGGUAAAAGAGCAACUACUACUAAAAGUCGUCUCUUCGGUGAAGGGGAAGCUACUCCUUUGAAAACUUAUGUUAGGCGUAACCCUAUAACCGGGGAAGGUUUUGAAGUAGACAUGGAUGAUAAAAAAGAAAUAUUUGAAGAACUGAUCGAUGAUCAAAAGCCAAGUGAUGAAGAAAAGAUAACUAUCGAUAGUAGUGUUUUAGAGCCACCUGAUUUAGGAAUCAGUGACAUUUCUGAAACAGGAUCAAUCGAAAGUGACUCGUCUGCAUCUGGAGUUGUGACGGAGCAAGUUGUGACGGAGCAAGUUGUGACGGAGCAAGUUAUAACAGCAACUGCUACCAAAAGAAGACUCUUUGGCAAAGGAAGAGCUAUUCCUGAGAAAAAUUAUGUUUUAGAGCCACCUGAUUUAGGAUUCAGUGACAUCUCGGGACUGGGGUUUUCUGGUCUAGGUUCACCUGGACUAGGAUCGCCAGGGCUCGGAACUUAUGGAUUAGCCCGUUACGGCUUAGGCGCCGGUGGAUCUGGAGUUGUAAAGGAGCAAGUUAAAAGAGCUACUACUACAAAAAGUAGACUCUUUGGCGAAGGAAAAGCUACUCCUGAGAGAACUUAUGUUAGGCGCAACCCCAUAACUGGAGAGGGCAUUGGGAAAACUGAGAAGAUAAAGGCUCGUGUUAUGCGCAACCCCAUAACUGGAGAGGGCAUUGGGAAAACUGAGAAGAUAAAGGAUCGUGUUUCAGAAGAGGCCCGUGAGCAACCCAAUGCUGAAGCUCCUCCUGAAAUCUAACAAGAAGUGAGAUCAAGAAGGCCACCUGGUGGAAAGUAGUGCAGAGUUUUCUGGUUGCUUUAUGUGAUAUCAUCUACUCUAUUGUAUAAUCCACAUCCAUUAAAUGUGCAAUACUCAUUAAACUCAUGAAAUAUUUAA